AUGAAACGGCGAACCGUUUUUCUAAUUUUCUGUGUUGGAUUAUCAAUUGCCAAUGACAAAACUGAGUCACAUAGCGAAUAUGAAGCAGGAAAUGCGUUAUUCGUCAAUAGACAAUAUACAGAUGCUCUCACUCAUUAUCAUAAAGCGAUCGAGUUGGAUCCGACGAACUAUCAAGCGAUUUUCCGACGAGCCACCACUUAUUUCACUUUCGGUCGUACAAAACCGGGACUCGUCGAUCUUGAUACAGUUCUGGAGCAGAAACCAGACUUCGCCGGAGCUCGGAAUCAAAGAGCAAAUGUGCUCAUCAAAAUGGGACGAUUGGAGGAUGCAUUAGCGGAUUUGCGGUAUCUGAACAGCGGCUCAUCGGCGAGCGAUGAAAUUCAAGAAAAGCUGGAAUCAAUCGAACAAUUGAAAGACGAGAAGCAUAUUCUCAAUCAACUCCCUCUCGGCGAAAACUGCGAUGUCGUCGAGGAAAUGACAACGAAACUUCUCGAAUCACAGCCAUGGGAUUCUUCUCUUUAUAUUCAACGUGCCAAGUGUCAUCAGGCAGAAAAUAGAUUAAAAACUGCGAUUCAUGACUUGAAACAUGCUUCGAAACUUUCUUCGGAUAAUACAGAACUUCUUUAUGAGAUGUCGGUGAUGGAGUAUCAAGUUGGUGAUGUUAGGGAUUCAUUGAGUACAAUCCGAGAAUGUCUUAAAAUCAACCCAGAUCACAAAACGUGUUACGCAUCUUACAAAUCGCUCCGAAAAAUUGUCAAAUCGCUGGACUCGAUGAAAAACUCAAUGGAAGAGCAGAAAUGGGUGGAUUGUCUUGAGAGGGGAGAGAAAUUGCUAAAGUCGAAUAUUGAUGAUAAUGCAGUUAAAGUGAAUGUCUACCGAUUAACUUGUCAAUGUAAUCGAGAAGAAGGAAAUAUUGGAGAAGCUAUUCAACAAUGUAAUCAAGUCUUAGAGUUCGAUGAUUCAGAUGUGGAAACGUUGAUUCAAAGAGCUGAGGCGUAUAUGGCAGACGAGGAAUAUGAUUUAGCCACCGCCGAUUACGAGAAAGCAAUGGAGUUCGAUUCAUCGAACGAAGCUGCAAAAACCGGCAAAGAUCAAGCGAAACGAGCGAAAGAACUUGUCGGGAAACGUGAUUACUAUAAGAUUCUGGGUGUCCGUCGGAAUGCGAAUAAGAGAGAAAUCACAAAGGCUUAUCGAAAGAAGGCUCAGAAAUGGCAUCCGGAUAAUUUCCAAGAUGAGAAAGAGAAAAAGAAGGCCGAGAAGAAGUUCAUCGAUAUUGCCGCUGCUAAAGAAGUUUUGAGUGAUGAUGAGAAGCGACGCGCUUUCGAUAAUGGACAAGAUCCCCUGGAUUCAGAAAAUGGUAGAAAUGGACAUGGAGGUGGCGGCGGUUUUCAUGAUUUCCAGGGUUUCAACCCAUUUGGAAGAGGUGGCGGCGGUGGAAGCCGAAGCAAUUUCUUCUUCCAUUUUUAA